AUGGACUGGGAAAGGGGCCAGGAUAGCUUCAAGGGAGCUGGGAGGCAAAACAGCUGUUCAGUGGUGGACCCUGUGAACAGGAGCCCUGUGGGUCGCGCCACUGGCCUGUCCCGGCGGGUCACGAGGUCACGGGCACCGCCGCGGCGGCCGCGCCUCAGCCCGCACGUUUCCGCGGCCUCUCGCGCUCCCUCCCUCCGGCAGGCGUCGCUGGCUCCGGCUGGCGGUGAGGAAGGAAGCGGACUUGAUCUUCCGUCGCGACGCCCGGGGGCUCGGCACCCCCAGCCCGCCUUCCCCGCGAGCCCGCGCCUGCCCCGGCGCCCUCUGCACGCGCCCGGCGAUGAGCCGCGUCCUGCCGCUCCGGGAAGGCGAAGGUGCAGGCCGCCGCGACUGAACGCCGAGGCGCCGCUGGGAGGGCGGCGCGGGCAGGCCCGGGCUCACGGCCAGGGCUCUGGGCGCGCGGAAAGGGCCGGGACCCCCGAGGCGGGGUCCGGAGGAGGGGGUGAGGCGCCCGGGCGGCCCAGGACGGGGCGGGGACGGGCGGAGGCGCGGCAGGAAACGCCCGGGGCGCGCCGUGCGGGUCGGGCCGGGGGCGCGGUGGAGGGGAGGGACGGGGCGGCGCCCGGCCGGGCGGCCCGGCCCGCUCACCUCGCCCUGGCGGCGCGCCCCGCGGGGACCCUUCGGGAGGAGUGCCCGGGCCGCGAGCCUGGGGACUCCGGGACCGCCCUCUCCCGCUCCAGGGCCGGCGGCGAGCGGCAACGACGGCUGGAGCCGCGGCGGCAGCAUGAGAGCGGGCGCCGCUGCUCCACGCCUGCGGACGCGCGGCGAGCGGCGGCGGACGCGCCUGCCCGCGCCAUGGGGGCGCCGUGGGGCCGGGCGGCCGGCCGGCGCUUCGGGCGGCGCCGGGGACGUCUGCCGAGGGCCUCCGCGCUGGCGGCCGCCGGCCUGCUGUGCACCGCCCUGGCCGCCUUCUCCUGCUGGCGGCAGCUGCCGCCGCUGCCCUGGGCGUCCUCCGCCCCGCCGCGGCCGGUGGGCGUGCUGCUGUGGUGGGAACCCUUCGCGGGGCGCGACAGCGGCGCGAGGCCGCCCCCGGACUGCUGGCUGCGCUUCAACAUCAGCGGCUGCCGCCUGCUCACCGACCGGGCGGCCUACGGGGAGGCGCAGGCGGUGCUUUUCCACCACCGUGACCUCGUGAAGGACCCCCGCGACUGGCCCCCGCCCUGGGGCGCCCCGGGUCGCGGGGCAGACGAGCUGGAGCUGCGGGUGUUGGACGACGAGGCGGCGGCCGCCGAAGCCCUGGCCACGCCGGGCCGCAGGCCCCCGGGCCAGCGCUGGGUGUGGAUGAACUUCGAGUCGCCCUCCCACUCCCCGGGCUUGCGGAGCCUGGCGGGGAACCUCUUCAACUGGACCCUUUCGUACCGGGCCGACUCGGACGUCUUCGUGCCUUACGGGUACCUCUACCCCAGGACCCAUGCCAGCGACCAGCCGCUAGGCCUGGCCCCGCCGCUGGCCCGGAAACGGGGGCUGGUGGCCUGGGUGGUGAGCAACUGGGAUGAGCGCCAGGCCCGGGUCCGCUACUACCACCAGCUGAGCCAGCACGUGUCGGUGGACGUGUUCGGCAGGAGCGGGCCUGGCCGGCGGGUGCCCGACAUCGGUCUCCUGCACACAGUGGCCCGCUACAAGUUCUACCUGGCCUUCGAGAACUCGCAGCACCUGGAUUACAUCACCGAGAAGCUCUGGCGCAACGCGUUGCUGGCCGGGGCCGUGCCCGUGGUGCUGGGCCCCGACCGCGCCAAUUACGAGCGCUUCCUGCCCCGCGGUGCCUUCAUCCACGUAGACGACUUCCCUAGUGCCUCCUCCCUGGCUGCCUACCUGCUCUUCCUCGACCGAAACCCAGCGGUCUACCGUCGCUACUUCCACUGGCGCAGGAGCUACGCCGUGCACAUCACCUCCUUCUGGGACGAGCCCUGGUGCCGGGCCUGCGAGGCUGUGCAGAGCGCUGGGGACCGGCCCAAGAGCAUCCGCAACUUGGCUCGCUGGUUUGAGCGGUGAAGCCGAGGUGUAACCCAGGGAGGUCCGGAGGUCCGAUCGUCAGCUCUUUGAUCCUCAGCUGCGCACCUUCUUGACUGUUGAAUCAUGGGACCGAGUUUUCCAAACACCCAUUGUUACUCUACGGGGGAAAGGUGAUUUACCAGUUAAUACUGUUCAGCGGAAAGACUGGGUAGGAAGGCUCCCUGGUUCUCCUGGGGUUUUAUUUGCACAGCUAGCAGUUGGGCUCUGUCUGCCGUAGGUGGGCAUCAGUGUUCAGCAGUGAAAGGAGCCCUUACUCACCUUGUAACCAGGACAGAGGUGAAGCAAUAGCUUAGCUACCAGAAGCCUUUGAGUCAGUUGUUCUGACUUUCCUUGUCUGUCACAGGCCAUAUAUGUGGCUUGUGCUGAAUCCAAACACACACACUGCUCCUUGAUUCACAUUUCACUGGGUGAAUGUGCAGCAAGUCCCCAGUUUCAGAAAGAGCCUUGUUGCGGAAUAGUUGCAGAAAGGACUGUGGCCACAAGUGGGUCUUUCUCUGUUGGUUGGAUUCCCCAAAGCCUCGUCUCUGAAAAACGGUGAGGAGGGUGGUCCAAUAAUCCAUGGACUGUUCAUUAACAAGUACUGUUUGUUCUCUGUCCUAUGAGUGCAAAAAAGACGGUAGAUUGUCCUUGGAGCAGAGUUAGGUUGAAUAUACAGGUGUACCUCACUUUAUGCACAUGUAUUUUUGAAAAGCUGCUUUUAAGUCAAAUCCUCAAUUCACUCACUGCUUUAGGAGAGGUCAGUAUUUAAUGCAACCCUCUGGAGAAUCCCUUUACAAUGUGAAUAAUCAUCUCCUAACUUAUUUCCUCUGUGUCUGUUUUUCUAUAAACAAAAAUUUUUAAAAGUAUAUUAAAAUUAGAGAUGUGAAAAAAAGCAGAAGCAACCUUCUUCUCUCUCUGUCUAGAAAACCAGCCUGUGUUUACAAACAGAAGAGAAGGAAGCCACAGUGCCACUUUCCACAAAAUUAUUCUUAUCAUUUUACUGGAUGGCAAAAUUAAGCAGGAACGUGCUGCUGGCAGUACCUGUCCGCAGGACAGAGAAAGAGACUGUACCGCAAUAUGGAAUAAGGCAAAACGAAAGAAAGUUUCAUAGUGUCUAUUAGUGGCAGUUUUUGUUUCUGUCCGUGUUUAGUUAAAUGUUUAAAUGCUAGGGAAUGGAACUAAAUUAGUACCUGCAGUGAGCUGUGGCUUUUGUUAAAACAUAAAUCUGCUAUUCUCCCCAGGGCCAGCUAGUUCCCCUCCUGGUCUGCACAGUAGUAUACCUGGUAUGGCCUCACAUUUCUGGUGCCCUUGAGCCUGUGCCAUGGAUGAACUUUGAAAAUAUAUGCAUUGCCUUGAAAAGUUGUUGAACAAGCAGCAUAUUUACUAGGAGUCACUGCAUGCCGACUCUGUGCCAAACUCUGCGUUUGAGGUAUCAGGAGACACACAGAUGUGUAAGGCAAGGUCCUUUUCUCUAAGGCUGUGAGAAUCUGCUCUUGCCAACAGGUAAAAUAGAACUUUGAUAAAUCAAUUGGCAGAACCUAUUUGUUUAAAGUGACAUUCUUUAAUACAGGACAUAGGUCAAUUACUAGAAAGCCAGUUGAUUUAUAGCCUCAAAUAAUGGUUUAUUUUUCUCUUUGACUUAUUAUAAUAAGGACCCUCAGUGACUGAUUAUGGUGGGUAUGGUCUAAGAUUAAUUAGGUUUAUAUAAAGCUGUGCUGUAAACUGUAAUUUUGAUUUUGAUUAGGACGAUUAGCUGAAUCAUAAAGUAAGUUUUAUCUCUA